AUGUCGCACUACCACCUGACCAGCACCUCGCGUGCGCUCUACCGCGUCUUCGUCGCACCCAGUCUCGCUCCUCGUCUUCAAGUCCCUCGUCAAUAUGCGCCCACGUUCUCCCGGAAUGUACCGCUACUCCCAAUUACUACCGUACGCACAAAGAUCGGCGGCCCAAGAAAAGCGCCAGCAAAACGUCAAGCUCUUUCCGAUAUGUACACAUUCGACAAUGCUAUCCAAGCAAACGAGAUCAACCUCAUUGAUGAGAGAGGCAACUUCAACCCAAACGUCUAUUACAAUGAUGCAAUGCGCAAGUUCAACCGCGUAACACAUCACCUCCUUCUCAUCUCCGAAGGUCGCACGAACGAGUUUGGCGAGCAAGAUCCAGAGCAUCUCCCUACAUGCAAGAUCAUCUCCAAGAUGGAGCUUCGAAGCCAAUAUAACAAGAAGAUUGAGAUCGCGAGAAAACUUGAGAAGGGCCCGAGUACGAAGAAUCUAGAACUGAACUGGGCCAUUGCAGGUGGCGACUUGAAGCAUAGGCUAGAAAAGCUGAAGCAAUUCUUGAAGGAAGGAAAGAAGGUGGAGGUUCUGCUUGGACCGAAAAGGAGAGGAAAGAAGGCAACUGAAGAGGAGGCUAAGGCCGUGCUAAAAGCUGUGACUGAUGCUGUGGACGAGUGUAGGGGCGCUGGAGAAGUCAAGCGAGAGGGUGUGCUGGGCGGUGUGUUGACCAUCGUGUUCCAGGGGACAAAGCUGAAGGACGAUACAUCUGAGAAGAAACAAGAAGUCGAGGAGUAG